GAUCCAGCACGCAAAGGGUUACCGCCGUAACGUCUCCCGGCAUCCCCCUCACUUCCGCUUAACGCCACGCAGCCACACCCCCUGGCUUCUCCGAGCAGCUCAGCCAAUCCGGGCACGCGCUCGCCGGAAGGACACUCUCGCAGUCCUCGCGGUCAGGCUCGCUCUCGGCUGGCUAGCUGACUGGCAUCAUGAGCGGCGGCUGUGGUGGCGGUCUCGGCGGCGGCAUGUCGGCGGAGCAGCAGCUGCAGCAGCGGCUCCUCCGCAGCCGCCUGAGGGGCUCGCAGCACCCGGGCCUGGCCGUGGGCGGCCCUCUUCCCCCUCCACUCCUCCCGCCCCCACCCGCGCUCUCGCCCCCCUCCCCGCCGGACUCGCCUCCGCCCGGCACGACGCCCGCAGAGAUCCCCGCCGGCCCCCGCUGCCCGAGCGAGACCUGGUGCUCCCUCUGCCGCGUGUACUGCCCGGAUCCUGUGUGCCUGCCGUGCGGGCACAAUUUCUGUACGGCCUGCAUCGGGCAGCGCCUCGGCGAGCCCAAGAUCAACAUCUCCUGCCUGGAAUGCGGCGCCACCGCCCGCAAGAGGAACCUCCGACCCAUCAAGCCGCCGCCGUUGCUGGCCAACCUGGUGGUGGAGAGGCCCAAGCGGCAAAGGCUAGACUCGGGGCCUGGAGGAGCAGCAGGGAUGGGAGGAGUAGCGCCACCAGCAGUAGCAGCAGCAGCGCCGCCACCGCCGCUACCGGUGGCUCCCGUGGCGUCAUUGGCACCCGCGGUAGUGGCAGCGCCGCCGCCGCCGCCGGCCUCAGCAGCGCCGCCGCCGCCACCUCCACCGCUGCUGCUGUUGACGACCCCGCCGACGCCGCCGUUGCCAGUAGCAGCAACACCAGCUACCUCGGCAGUAGCAGCUGCUGCCGCCGCCCCGAGAAGAUUAUCAGGAGGUGGAGAUGGUACCGGAGAGAAGCUGUGUGAGAAGCACCGGGACGUGCUCCAGUUUUUCUGCGAGGAGGAUCAAGCACCGAUCUGCGCCCAUUGCGAUAGGUCCGAGGAACACCGGGCUCACACCAUCUUUCACGUCGAGAGGGCAGCCCGGGAUUACCGGCCAUUUCUGUUUGCUCAGGAGCGGGUUCUGGCACAACUAGAAAUUCUGAAGCAGGAGAAGAACACACUAUGGAGUCAGAAGCUAACUGGAGAGAAGAAAAUCCAGGAUUACGUGGAAAAAGUCCAAGCUGAGAGACAGGAGAUUAUAUCUGAAUUUGAGUGCCUGCAUCAGUUUCUAAAAGAUCAGGAACAACACCUGCUAUUUCAGCUAGAAGAACUAGAUAAAGAGAUAGAGAAACGGAAGGAUGAAAUCGUUACCAAACUCUCAGAAGAGCUUUCCCGUCUUGGUGAUGUGAUUACCGAGAUGGAGGUGAAAUGUAAGCAGCCAGCAAGUGAAUUUUUACAGAUGUACUUCCAGGUCCUUCAGCCUGACCUGAAGGCUGUUGAGAAGCUGGCCUGGAUGACCCCAUUCCUUCAGGUUCAUGUCGGGACACAUCGGGUAUGGCUGCCAUGCAGACCUCUAGACAUUAAAAAAACAAUGAACAGAUGUGCAGCAGGUCAUUUCCAGCCAUCCGAAGAAGGUUCUCCUAAGCUUGAAGAGAGACUGGAUGAUUUCUCACGGAAAGGGAUGGUUCUGAAGGAAAUACUAAAUAGAUUCCAAGAUAAUGUGAUAUCUGUCGUGGAGAAAGGAGAAACUGUGCAAACAAUGAAUGAUAAAGAUGCAGCCGUCGAUCUAGAUGUACCAUAUGCUCCUCUGUUAUUGGACCGAAGAAACACAGGAUCUGAAGAGCCCCAGCACAGGCUUCCUGCCUUACAAUAUAUCCCUGACACUCCCAAAAGAUUGGAUUCCAGGGCUUUGGUUCUUGGCUGUGAUGGGUUUACCUCUGGGAGAUACUUUUGGGAGCUGGAAGUGGGUGAUGGGGAUUUCUGGGCAGUUGGAGUCACCCGAGAUCCUUCAAAAAAGAAGGGCAUGAUGGACUUUAGCCCGGAACAGGGGAUCUGGGCUGUGGGACUGUGGAAGGGCCAACACUGGGCUCUCACUUCCCCUGUAACUGCCCUGUCUUUGAGCAAACACCCAAGGAGGAUCCGAGUGUCCCUGGACUAUGUGGGGGAGUGUGUAACCUUUACUGAUGCGGAUACAGACGGCCCCAUAUUCACUUUCCCACCGGCUUCUUUUAAUGGGGCACGUACUCACCCAUUGCUGUGGGUGGUGGGGUUCCCCGCUCAGUCUGUGUUUCUGAGGCACAUGGGGGUGAGAUAUCCAACUGGGGUCCAUGAAAUGGAUAUUCUGAGUCCAUGAUUUUAACUUCUUUCCAUGGAUGCAGUGUCAGGAAAAAAACAGAUAUCUAACCUGCCAAAGCAGAGAACUUUACUAUUUGGGAGCAAAAAAGCUUGUGUGUUUGCCUGAUCUUUGGAGAAUAGGAGGAGGCAGAACUGUUCUUCCACCAAGACCGUAUGAUGUUGCCCUGUGGAAUAGCACAAGAACUGUGAAUGAAGAGUAGAUUGUAGGCCUUGAAAAAUAGUUAUCACUGUUAGGACAUCCUUCAUUAUACAAGGGAUUGUCAAGACCUCUGCUUCUCAGUAGUAGGCCCAAACCCGUCCAAUUUAGAAAAAAAUGUUUAGGUAUUAAAACUUGAAAUUUUAUUUGCAUCUUCAUUUGGUUCAUAUUUAACACUUUACUUUGUUUUACUUUAUUUUACUUUAAAAUUGACUACAUUUUAACUUUAAUACCUAGUAGCAUAUUUAUGUUCCAUUGGAAGGAUUAGUUCCAAAUUAAUCCUUCAUGCAGAUGUUCUUGAAUACCACAACUUUCACCUGUGGGCAUCUGUAGCCAGAGGUAAUGAUUCUGAAUCGUAUAGGGGUGGUAGUUUUGUCUCUGGGUAGCUUUUUAUCCACUUUUUUCUAGGACAGAUUAAUCUCUUCUUACUGGUUCACUCUGAAACUUAAUUUUCACUCUUGUGUUCCUGAAUUGGUACAAAUCCUCUUUAUGAUGAUGAUAAACUGGGUGUUCUGAUUUUCCUAAAAGUGACAAAGAUUGUGUAAAGAACUCUAGGAUGAUAGUUGAGGUGACUACAUAAUGUAAAACAAAAACAAAUGAGCGUAUGUAGUGUUCUUCAAAACAUAUCCACUCUGCUUUUGGAAUGUCUCUAUUUUCUGAAUGGGUACCUGCCUUUUGUGAAUGUGGUACCUUCCCUUUGGCACUUCACUGGAUAUAGCAUGAUUUUAGAGUGGCUGGGAUCCAGUGGCAAAAGAGUGCCAUGCCUUUUGUGUAUAUCACUUAUGGAAAAAAAGGUUCUGUUUUAAUAAAGUUGCCUUCCCAGUACCAGGAAAAUGGUGUAAAAAUGA